GGCGGCCGGGCUGGAGCUGAAGGAGAACCUGGCGGCGGGGGCGGCGACGUGGGCCUACCCCUCCGUCUACCACCCCUAUGACGCCGCAGCCUUCGCCGGAUACCCCUUCAAUGGGUACGGCAUGGACCUGAACGGCGCGCGGCGCAAGAACGCGACGCGCGAGACGACAAGCACUCUCAAGGCGUGGCUCAACGAGCACAAGAAGAACCCGUACCCCACCAAGGGCGAGAAGAUCAUGCUGGCCAUCAUCACCAAGAUGACGCUCACGCAGGUCUCCACGUGGUUCGCCAACGCGCGCCGCCGCCUCAAGAAGGAGAACAAGAUGACGUGGGAGCCGCGCAACCGCGUCGAGGACGAGGACAACAACAACGAGGAUGACGGCGGCGGCCGCAAGAGCGCGGACCCGGCCAAAGACCCGGAUCUUCCUACAUCAUCUUUUCCUCCGGAUCAAUUCUGCACUUAA